CUGGUGUUGAUCGGGGUCCCUUGGGGCUGUUUGUUUGCCGUUGCGUUUGGGGGAAGUGAGGUCACGCUGCGACGCUCCAAAUUCUCCCCGACUGCCGGAACUCUUCAAAAGCUCCGAGGACCCGCCAAAGCUCGGCGACCAACCACCAGACUAAGUCUACAAGAUGUCGCAGGUUGACCCUUUGAGCUGGACGCUCUUGUUCAAAAAGCACAAAACGACCGUGCUUCUCGUGCUCCCGCCUUCCGAAUCAAUCGCCUCCGUCAAAGCGACGCUCCUCAAAGCUCUUCAAUCUCGCAAACUUGAGGAUAUCAACGGCGACCCGGUUCCUGAAGAUCCCUCGGACAUCGAGUUUGGAGUGGCGGUGGACAAAAAUGAUCUGGAAAAGGGCUGGACGAAGCUGGAGUCUGACAUGUCAGAGUUCGACGAUGGCGAGACCCCAAGGCGAGGCGCUGGGAAGAAGGCAGCCAGCUCCCUAACUCUUCAGUCGGCUAAACUACGCAAUGGACAAUCUAUUGCUUUCCGAUUCCAAAAACCCAAGGAGAACGGCGGGGCGGAUGAUGAUAUCGCGCUGGAACUUGAAGAUCCCGGAUGGGAUGUUGUGCUUCCUAGUCUCGACGAGGAAGAAGAAGUGAACUGAAAUGGACAGGUGUACAUACUCGGCGCAAGGCUUAUAUGUGGGUUUUGAUGACGGCGUUUACGUACAUUUUUGUUUAUAGGGCAGAUAACUUGAAUGACCUAGAGUGGUUUUC